CAUCCGACGAUCAUUGAGUAAUACUUUAAUCUUAUUUAAACUACGGGGAGGGAAUUCGAACUUGAGUGCAGAGAGAGGAGUAGCCAUACUAGGUAGGGUUUUUUUGAAUUGAAUUUAUCACUGUUUUUUUUUUCUUUUUUUUAUUUUAUCAAUUGCCUUGAAUUUGCUAUGCUAUGCUGUGUUAUGCGGCAGAACAUGGUCAUAGAAUUUGAUUCUGCAAUUGGAUUGGUUUUCUGUGUAUUUAGAGAAAAUGAUAACCUUAUGAGCCGACAGAAAGCUAACUUUUAAUUAACAGAGGUCCGUUCUCUAUGCACACUUCACUCAAAGCCCGGCUAUCUGCACCGAGAAACUAAAAUAAAGAGCCUUUGUGUAACUUUUAUUAUGGUGUUGUUUGAUGUAGGAAUAUUAGUAAGAAAAAGAGUGGUAUUGCUUUUAUUUUCAUGGUUCUUUGGGCUAAUGUAAAUCAUGUAUGAAUGCUAACUCAUAUUUAUCGGACAAUCCUACAAAGCUAGCGAUUCAUGAUUUCUUAAGAUAAUGUACUGGUGAAGGAUGUAUUGGGAUAAUGUAAAUCAUGUAUUUUGAAAGAUGUUUCUAAAUGAUGUGCUCCUCUAGUUUCUGUGUUGUUGGGUUCCGUAGAUAGUUAUCUUAGAAAAGUCAAUUGCAAGGAUACCUUCUACGGUAAGAAUUCACUAUAGAGACCAUAAGGGGGUGCAAGUGCAACCCUACUGCUGCAUGAAUAGAAGAUGAAGAAACUGAAAACAAAGACAAUUUACAGCCCGGAUUUUGAGCAUAGUAUAGACUCCUUUCUGUUUUUGGACGAAGGGCAGGCAGUGGGAGGUUUAGUUUUGACAAGACUGCAAACCAAACACAGCUAAUUCACAUGAACAGGAGGUGCUUGCUGUCUGGACAAGCAACGGUUCUUUUCUGUCCUGAUAGCGCCGAUUUGAAUGAAAUAUGUAUGGAAUUGAUUUCAGAUUGAAAGUAAAAGCUAUGGAAAUGUCUUUUCUCUGAAGAUGAAUAAGCAGUGAUUCUGUGGACAAAGGAGACGGUUUGCAAAUGUGCAAUGAGUUGGAAUUACCUUAAGGCUUAUUAUUUAGCUGAAUGACAGUAGAAUAAAGGAUUCAGAUGUUUGAAUUGAGGAGGCUAUGGCUCAUGAUUAUUGGAAGAAGUAGUCUGAAAUGGUGAAAUAUACUACGGGUACUGAUCUAAGUCAUUGUGAUUUCUGUGGUUGCUCUUGCUGUCUUUUGUGGAUGCAUUUGUGCCCCAACGAUCUUGGUUUGUACCUUUUGAACCAAUGAUAUUUUAAGUUUAUGUGUGGGAAACCAAAUAUUCGACUUGUGAUGUGGUGGCUCCUGGCAAGUUUCAACUGGCAGCGCAAGGCUUUUUGGGUGUACUUGUCAAUUAAUUACUCCAGUGGAGAUAGUAAACAUGAUAGAUGAAAAGAGGGAAGUGGUGUCACUGAUGACCUGUUUAAACGUUUUGAAUGGAAGGAGUAUUUCGAGAUCCCAUGGGGAAGCUUGAGGGCAAUGGUGGAGCCAUCAUUUGCCAAAAGGUCCAUCAUUAAUCACUGCGAUUAUCUUCCAAAUGUGCGGAUUGUUGCAUCUACUGCAGCUAACAUCACAGACCAUGAAGUAUUGACUACAGAUGGCCGUUUGCUUGUAUAUGAUUACCUUGUUAUAGCCACUGGUCACAAGGACUCUGUUCCAAAAACCAGAGUUGCGAGGCUUAGUCAGUACCAGGCAGAGUUUGAAAAGAUCAAUUCUGCUGAAUCAAUCCUGAUUGUUGGAGGGGGUCCUACUGGUGUUGAACUUGCCGGUGAAAUUGCCACUGAUUUUCCAGAAAAGAAGGUGACACUUGUGCACAGGGGGUCAAGGCUACUAGAAUUCAUUGGCUUGAAGGCUUCCCAAAGGGCACUUGAUUGGUUAAUAUCAAAAAAUGUUGAAGUUCUUUUGAAUGAGUCCGUUAAUUUGAACAAUGUAUCUGAUGGUGUAUUUCAAACAUCUUCUGGAGAAGUUAUUGCAGCUGAUUGCCACUUUGUGUGCACGGCUAAACCAAUGGGUUCGUCAUGGCUUAGGGAGAGUAUUUUACAGAAUGACUUGGAUAUGCAAGGAAGAUUGAUGGUUGAUAGAAACAUGAGGGUUCGUGGUCAUAAAAAUAUCUUUGCAGUAGGAGAUAUAACCGAUGUUAAGGAGAUCAAACAAGGAUAUUUAGCACAAAGACAUGCUGAAGUGACUGCCGAGAACCUGAAGCUAUUGUUGAGAGGACGAAAUGAAAGCAAGAUGGCUACAUAUAAGCCUGGUUUAGAAAUGGCACUAGUUUCACUUGGGAGGAAAGAGGGAAUUGCUCAGUUCCCAUUAGUGACGAUUAGUGGUUGCAUCCCAGGCAUGAUCAAAUCCGGGGACUUAUUUGUAGGAAAGACAAGGAAACGUCUUGGGCUGAAACCUUGAUAAACAUGGAAUCAUUUUGGAUGGUUUGGCAGGUUAUUCAGGAUAUCAAACUCAUCCUCCCCAGUUAUUUCAUUUAGAGCAGAAUCGUUGAGUGGUACAUUAACCAAGUUUGGGAGCUUGGUUAUUGCAAACAAAAGUGGUGGUGUUCUUUUCCCUGUCCUUAGUGUUUGCUAUCAAGCCUUGCAGGGGUGCUGGACUUCCCCAUCUUAUGCAGGUUCAUGUGUGUUUCUUUUAGCCAAAAGAAAAAAGGAAAGGGAAUUCCAAGUUCAUAUUCUGCAGGAACGCAAGUCGGGUGGUGGAAGUUAGAUGUUCCAGGUUCCCGCAGCUUUCAGGUACGUGACCAAAUUGUACGUCGCGGGGCAUCUGUAAUAUUGAUGUUUUUAGUAAUUAUGCAACUGAAGAGUUUCUAAUUCUGAUUAAACAAGGUAGAAUGCCAUUCAAAAUUUCCUCUUGCAGUCUCGCCGGCUGCCUGCUAUAAUUUGUUGUUCUCCAUGGACAAAACAAUGCUGUUGAAGCCGUUGAGCAAUUUUAAUAGCCAACUCCGACUCCAAAGUAUGUUUGAUGAAA